AUGUUAAAUGCAUCAGGAAAUUACAUGUAUCAGUUAUCAGACCCUGAUAUAAAUUUUGAUUGGGAUACAAUUGAACAAGUGCUCAUUUCGUCCUCUGAAAGUCAAUCAUGCCCAAUUUGUUUGUCUCCUCCGAAUGCAGCGCGUGUUACGAAAUGUGGACACAUCUAUUGUCUACCUUGUAUACUACACUACCUUGCACUCCGUGAAAACCAAAAACGAUUAUGGCGUAAAUGUCCCAUUUGCUGGGACUCUAUUUACGAAGCGGAUUUAAAGCCUGUACGUAUCAUGAAACCUUAUGCCGUAGCAGAUCAUCGUAGUGCAACUGUUGGUAUGGCUUCCUUGGCCUGUGGUGUAACAGAAGGGGAUCGUAUCGAUAUGACAUUAAUGCAACGUGCCAACCGUACAACUUUAGCAUUUCCAUUAUCCGAUACAUGGCCUUUACCUCCUAAUGUUAUCUACAACUAUAUUAAGCCAGACACACCCAUCAUCCCAUGGCAUUUUACACCGGGUGCUAUGGAAUUUGCCCGAUUUAUGUUGGCCAGUCCUGACUAUUUAGAAGCGGAAUACCGACGUGAUUGUAUUGAAUUGAAGGAUGCGAUGGAUGAUGCUAAAGGAUGGGGUUCGACCGAGGAAAUUGCCUACAUUGAGAAAAGCGAGCAAAUGGUGCGUCAGAAGAUCAAGCAAUUGAAACUUACGACAAACGAGGUACAAUUGGCUGUUCAAACCUGGGACAUGAUUUUUGAAGCCGUGAUCAAGUAUUCGAAAAAGAACGGAAAGGCACCUUCUACGAUUAUGCAAAGAACGGAAGAAGCACCCCAGGCAUAUGAACAGUCGCAUGAAGAAACUCAAUUAACACAACAACGUACACAUCAGAAUGCACCUGCUACAGAUUUUUACUUUUAUCAGGCUGUGGAUGGUCAGCAUGUGUAUUUGCAUCCGUUGGAUAUUCGAAUUUUGAAACACGAGUUUGGAGAGUACGAACAAUUCCCGCAUACAUUACAAGUACAGGCAACCAGUGUACAAGAAUCCACCUUGACAGAGGAUUUGAGAAAGAAAUGUAAAUAUUUAGGCCACUUACCGCUUGCUUGUGAUGUCACAUUUUUGGAGAUCAAUGUAAAAGAAAUCGUCUCUCCCCAAACCAUGGCAGUUUUCCAACAGGAAUUGUCAUCGCGUGUAAAAAAGAGAAAGGAUAAAGAGAGACGCGAGGAUCAAAAGCGAAAGCAAGCAGAAACCAAACAAAAGCUCCAUGUAGCAAAAGAACAUGAAACGGAGCGACAGAUGAUGGAAAAUGAUCCAUUUUUUUCCAUGUAUCGUCCUGCUUUAUCUCAUCAGGAAAGCGAGGACCAACUAUCAUUGGCUCUUAGUGAAUCUGCUUCCAUGGCAUCCACACCCACACUAGCGGAAGAAAGCGCUCCUUCGGGUCCGCGUACAGUUUGGGGUACGAAACAAGUGGUUUCGCGUGAAGAAGAAAUGAGCUAUGAAUCCAAUGACUGGGCGGAUCAUAUUGUAAUUAAUAAAAGUCAACGCAAGAGACGAGGUAGAAAAUAA